UCUACAGACACUUUCUCUCUCUCUACACACACACUUUCUCCAUCUCACACUCACACUCUCUACGUCCACACUUGCUGUCUGCUAAAUAACAGUGUCAGGAAUAUAAUCUAUCAUGGUGGGCUACUGUCCCAUCUGUGGGAAACCCGUCUACUUUGGUGAGAAGAAGAGGUCGUUGGGGCGUGACUACCACCCUCUGUGUCUGAAGUGUCAACAGUGUCAGAGACAGUUGACCCCAGGACAACAUGCAGAGCAUGAUGAGAAGCCCUACUGCACUAACUGUUACAUGAAGACGUUCGGUCCCAGAGCAGGUAAGGGGAGAAUGAUGUCAUACUGUCACAGCUCAGCCUCAUCUUCCUCUUCCUCCUCCUAGGAACCAGUCUAACCAAAAAAACAACCAAAAUACAACCUAAUGAAAACUAACAGCCUAUCAACAAGGAUCUAUGUUCAACCAAACUGACAUUCAGCCAACAAGCCAAUGACUAAACAACUAGGCCCAACAUUCAACCAACCAACCAAUGUUCGACCAACCAAGAAAUAACCAAUAGACAACCAACCUGACAUUUAAUUAACUACUAUCCAACCAACCUGACAUUUAAUUAACUACUAUCCAACCA